CGUGUGCUAAAAUCAUUUACCCUUUUAAUAAUCUCUUAAAGCGUUUGAUCAGUUCGAAGUACCUUAUAUCUGUAAAUUGGGUCAAGAAAAGGUCAACACUACUAUGAACCAAUCGACGCCUUUGUUUCAAUCACAAAAUGCCCGCAACUAUUUGCAUGCUGAUGCCCAAAUAGGGUCAUAGGCAUCUUUACGAUCACAUUGGACUUGAUGGUUUCUGGAUUUGAGGUGGAAUUUGAGCUUAAUUUCAGGAAGAUUUCUACUUGGUGAUUCGUAGGUGCAUCACGGCGGCCAUCUUUCUAAUAAUAUAUCUAAGAGUGGAAGCAGUUUACAUCCGGAAGUGGGAAAGUCAACUUUUAGGCCAGUAAUAUCCCACGAACACGACAAAUCUUCGGCACUGGAGGUGCACUCCGGAUCUAUCGUUGUUUAUCAUGUAGAGAUACUGGUCUUCAUAGGCUGGACUUUCUCUUUAUAGUACUUAACACACAUAUUUGAUUUUAAGUGAAUCUGAUUUCACAGAAGAACUAUAUAUUUUAGGAUUAACGCGUCGGAACUCGACUAGUACACCAUUACUAGUACAUAACAGGAUAGAGUUAUCAAGUUGCUACAAAAACCUUCCAAAAUGAUGACCGACGGUGGACUUAUCGAUGGCUCGUGGGAGCUGCAGAUCCUGGUUACAGACAUGCAGGUAGAGAGAACACUUCGAGUCAAGGGAGACCUGCAUAUUGGCGGUGUGAUGCUCAAGCUGGUAGAGUCACUAGAAUUCGCAGUGGACUGGUCAGAUCACGCAUUAUGGUGGCCAGAAGAGAAUAUGUGGUUGUCCAGAACAAGGUCCACCCUGGACCAAUAUGGUGUUUCAGCCGAGGCCAGGCUGCACUUCACACCAAUGCACAAGAAUCUAAAACUACAGUUACCAGACCUACAAAUAAUGGAUGUGCGUGCAGAUUUCUCUGUCAAAAUUUUCGCAUCUGUUAUACAGAUCUGCAAAGAAAUGGGUAUCAGGCACCCAGAAGAAGUAUCACUGUGGAGGAAAGUUGACAGAGAUGAGCUGAGGAACAGAAACAAUGUCCAGAAGAGGAGAAGACAGCCAGACUCCCCCUCGGGGACCCUCAGUCCUGGGGGUGGGGGCACCAGUCCGUACUUAACGAUAAAUUCUAACCACAGUGGAGACUCUGGUCAGGGAGGUCUCUUUCCCAGAACACCGCAGGGCACCCUCUUGCGGCCAGGUGGUUCCACCCCUGGGUCCCCUUUCACCCCCCACACUCCAGCCUCCCCCUACAGUUACAAUGGCACCCUGUCCCCAGGGUCCAUGAGCAGUCUGUCCUUUGAGGGCAGCCUCGAGACGUCCCUCAUCAACAGUCCACAGACACCUAGCAGGGAAGCCUUCAACCAUCUUUACAGACCCAAGUCAUACGCUGAUAAGGCAAAAAUGAAUGCAUGGUGGUUGGAUUCUUCAAGGUCCCUUAUGGAACAGAAUAUCAGGGAGAACGACACAGUCUUACUCAAAUUCAAGUUUUACAGUUUCUAUGACCUGAAUCCAAAGUACGAUGCAGUGAGAAUUAACCAAAUCUACGAGCAAGGCAAGUGGGCAUUGAUUUCAGAGGAAAUUGACUGCACAGAGGAGGAAAUGAUGAUGUUUGCUGCUCUUCAGCUCCAAGUUUCUCUGAGGGCUAACACUGACCAACCAGAUGGGGACCAGUCCAAUUCUACCAAUGAGGAAGGAGAUGACAUCGAUGCUGCUCUAACUGACCUCCAGGUGUCACUAGAGGGCUCUCACAUCACAUCACCAGGGGAUAUAACCAGGAUACCAGAGCUGCAAGAUUACCUCAAGUUCUUCAAGCCUAAGAAAUUGACAUUUAAGUCAUUCAAGAAGUACUGGUUUGCAUUCAGGGACACACAUCUUGUGAUGCACAAGAGUAAAGAAACCACAAAUGGACAGCCCUUGAUGAGGGUCAACUUGAAAGGAUGUGAAGUUCAACCAGAUAUUAACAUCACAUCUCAAAAGUAUGGAAUUAAGCUUUUUAUUCCGGGGCCUGAUGGAAUGCAAGAAGUAUGGAUCAGAUGUGAAACAGAAGACCAGUAUGCCAAAUGGAUGGCAGCAUUCAAACUGGCCUCCAAAGGCAAAACCAUGGCAGAUUCUACCUAUGAGACAGAAGUCCAGUCCAUCCAAGCCUUUUUAAGUAUGCAGCGUCCAGCCCCUGCACCUGCGGUCAACCCAAACCAACUAGACAUAAACCCAGAAGACUAUGUGGCACCAAGAUUCUUUAAGAAGUUCAAAACAAAACAGCUCGUGCAGAGAAUAGUUGACAGUCAUGCAAAUGUGCGGGAUAUGACACUGACAGAAGCCAAGCUCAACUUUAUCAAGGCAUGGCAGGCCCUGCCUGAGUUUGGCAUCACCUACUUCCUUGUCAAGUUCAGAAAUAACAGGAAAGAGGAGCUUGUUGGUAUUGCUCACAACAGAAUCAUGAAGAUGGACCUCAGCAACGGAGAUUGCUUGAAGACGUGGCGGUACAGUACAAUGAAAGCAUGGAACGUAAAUUGGGAAGUCCGCGAGGUGCUUGUGCAAUUUGAGGAAGAAGAAGUGGCCUUCAAGUCACCAUAUGCAGACUGUAAAAUUAUACAUGAAUUCAUAGGAGGAUACAUUUUCUUAUCCAUGCGAUCUAGUGACAAAAAUCAGACAUUGGACCAGGAAAUGUUUUUCAAGCUCACUGGUGGUUGGUCUUGAGGAUCUUCCCUGACAAAGACUGCUAAACAAGUUUGUGUCCUUCUAAAUGUAAAUUGAUCAGUUGGCUGCCAAACAUUUCUCAAUUUUACUGUAUCUUAAGUUCGGGAUCACUAUGUAUUUUCCAUGGGGAAUGAAAGAAAAUAAAAAAGGUGAUUUCACAUGUAAUAGAAGUUUAUAUACACUUUUAGUCUUUGCCAAAGCUGUCAGUGCAGUCUUCGGUCAAAUGAACAUUGAAGUAAAAACAGUCUUAGAAAGUUAUGGACAGGCAGCAAAGAUACAAUUACAGACAAUGUAAAUAAACCCUUCACUGAAAAAAGAGAUGCUUGGAAUGGAACAUUAUAAGUGAUAUUGAACAGUUGUACACUUUAUGUUAAAAAUUAAAUAAUAUUCCAGGAGUAUUAUACCUGAUGGAACCGACAGAUAGAAUGGCUGUUGGAGAUUGGAUGUAGUCUUAUGCUUGCAAUUCUCUAUUUGCAGUAUCCUUGGUGUAGCUGAAUUUUCAUACGUAUGUGAAUGGCCUUUCUGGUUACCCUCAUUAUUUGUACAUAUGCAACAAUGUAGCAGGUAACUGUUUCAAACUACUUUACUGAAGAUGGUAUGUAAAGAGAAGCUUACAACUAACAAAAGCCACAAUUGUUAAAAUGCUGCUUUCAUAUAAUAUACUUGUUUUUCUUUGUUCACCAUGGUAGAGAAGUUUAUGAUAUUUAGGAUGGAUAUGGAAGAGGGAAAUUCAGACCAUUUGCUGGUUUGUUUAUAAGAUACAAAGUAAGAAAAAAGCAGGUUGAGUCGGAUUCUUGACAGUUUUCAUGUUAUGUGUAAAAAUUUUAACUGAUAGCUCUUAUUUAUUUGAUUGACAUAAAGACAUAUAAGUCCAAAGGGGAAGUGAAAAGAAUUAGUUGAUCCUCCCUGCACUUGAGUGGUGUGUGACUUGUUUCCCUUUUGUUACAUUACUGUGCAGGUUAUUGUUAUGAAUUAUGCAGUUUGUUACUUUUUAGAAGGAGAAAAAAAUGGAGAAAAAAAAGACAUGGUGCUCACCAGAAUAGGAGCUGUAUAGUGUAAAUUCCUAGAAACUGGAUUCAAAUUUUGUAUUAUUUUUAUAAAUAAUGUUAUUAGGUCAUGCCAGUGUGCCAAUUGAAACACACUGGUAUGUUACCUUCAGUUUGUCCACAUAGAUUACUUAUCAAAAAAAGUCCCAACUAAUCUUUACCCCUCCCUUAUAUACACACAUUAAAGGGAUACGUAUAAAAAAGGUUAGUUCUCUUAGAACUUGUAGACAUUGUCAUUAAGGUAUUACUAGAAAGUGCAGACUGUCGAAGCACUUUAACACCCAUCAAUUUUUCCAAACAUAAAGUAAAUAUAUUUUAGAAUAACUUCAGCAUCUUACUGAUGAUACUAUCAUUUAUGCAUUUCUAAUUAUUUAUAUCAUUAUGAAAAUAUUAUUACACUGAUUUUCAUUAUUGAUCAUUGAUAGGAAAGUACUCGUUUGUACUGAAAAAAAAUGAAAAGGGAGUUAGAUUUCCCUUUUUUACCAUUGCUAUUUUAUUUCUUCUGUGGCAGAGUGUUUAUAGAUAAGGGAUUAAUAAAAUGCUUUGUCAGGUCACAGUACAAGUUUUGGUGUAAAAUGUGAGCCUUUUUGUGCAAAGCAUCAAUUUAUGUGACCCAAGCCACUUAUUUGAUGUAACGAUCUGAAAUUAACAACUUCCGUCUAUUUAUUAAGUGAAUACUGCCUAUAUUAGUGCCUUGGCUUUAAAUUAUGCCAUGUUUAUGCAUUUAAGCCUGAUUUCUCUCUCUCUCUCUCUCUUUCUUUGAAAGGGAUAUAAAAGGAUACUUUAAUUAUUUUAUAGCAAUCCUUACGUUGUACUGCAUUUGUUAUUUGGUAUACACAUUAUUUGACAAAAUCACCAACCAGCAAGAAUGGUGUCUUAUAGUAGAACUGAUGUGUGAUGUGUUGUCUCACAUUUAUCACUCAUAACAAUUAUUAUCAUUACUAUUAUUAGUAUUAUUUUAUAUUGAAUUUUUUGGGAAUGUACAUAUAUUUGAAGUUCUUUUUGAAACCUGUACAGCUAUCAAAAUAAAAAUAAUAA